GCUCUUUUUCUCUCUCUAUCUCUCCUCCCUCGCUCUCUCUCAAUCUCUCCUCGCUCGCGCCAUCAUCUCCCAUGGCGGAAACAAGGGUCGAAAUCUCAGAUCAUGUGGGUGGUGAGGUCUCUCUGACGGACUCGGAGGUUUGUUCAUCUGAUCUGUGCUAUUCUUUUGUUGCCACUGUGUUCCAUCUGAUAUGAUUGUGUGGAUAACUGCCACUUCUUCGUCGAGGAGUGAGGAGGUCUCCUUUUGGGUCAGCAGAGAAGCUCUCAUUCACUAUCCAGAUUCCUCCGUUUUUCAAGAAUCGCAAAUGGACGGAAGCGGCGGCGGUGGUGACAGUAGCGGUUCCAUAGCCACGGUGGCGGUUGAUCCUGAGCUCGACCUCUCCUCUGAUGCUGGAGCUUCUCUCCCUACUCGAGGCUCUGAUGAGUUCAAGCCUUUUAUCCGCCGUCUCCCCGAGUUCAAAUUCUGGUACUCCAUGACUAAGGCCUUCUGCAUAGCUUUCCUCAUGACGUUCUUCUCGGUCUUUGAUGUCCCUGUCUUCUGGCCUAUUCUGCUUUGCUGCUGGGUCGUUCUCUUUUUCCUCACCAUGAGACGCCAAAUCUCCCACAUGAUCAAGCACAACUACAUCCCUUUCAGCAUCGGUAAACAGAAAUAUAGUGGCCGGAGAUCUUCUGCGAGUAGCGGUGGUGCCUCUCGUGCGGAUUGAUUCUGAUUAUUAGUUCCAGUUUGUUUCAUGUUGCUCUCUGUUAGUUCCCUCCGAAGUACCUCUUAUGUAAAUAUGAUUCAUUUCUACUUCAAACCGAACUCAUUCCCUUUG